ACAUUAUUCUGUUUUUAAAAAACUUAGAUUAUGGAAUACUACUUUCCCUAAAUCUGCUGCGAGUUUGUGAUUUUUUUUUUAAUUCAUGGUUUGAUGCGGCCCUGAGGGUUUUCCUGCUAAUACCGUUUGGAUUUUUCUUAGUAAAUGAGAAAAGUUUGAGACUUUGGUUUUCUAAUCAAUUUUUCCUUGGGAAAGUUAGUUUCUAAUGCAAUUCUUGGCUUGUCUCCUGAAAGAUCACUGUGUCUGUGUCUGAUUAGAUCAACUUAUAUUUUUUGGACUAAACAGUUCCUCCCAACAUAUUAUAUGCAUUGCUUCUCUGUUUUACCUUGAUAUAUAGAUCUGUCUCUUUUUCAUAUCACUGAUCAUCUACUUCAAUUCCACAGAUCUCUAGUUGAAAGCUGAUCUUCUCUGCUAAGACGAAUCAAAAGCGUUGUUGUUGGAUCAUCUCAGUCUCAGCAGGGUUUCUAACCAUGGGGAAUGAGAAAGCUGUCUCUGGAAACACCAUACCGCUCCAUUCUCGCCCUAUAACUCGUGCCCUUGCUUCUGCUCUGCGUGCUUCUUCUAAUCUUUCAGAAGUGGUUGCUACUACUACAGUGAUCAACCAGGGAAGGGUUCUGAGAGCAAACAGUAAAAGAACAGCCUUGGAUGAUAAGAAAUCCAAUAAUGCACCUAAGAGGCGAGCUGUUCUUAAUGAUAUCACAAACGUUACCUGCGAGGAUUCUUACUCACGCUGCUUCAAUGCAGCAAAAAUCCAGGUGGAGAAUAUCAAACAGAUAAAGAAGGAAAGGGCAAGUUCUCCCAAGGUGGCAACAUCUUCUUCUACUUCAGAAGUUACAGAUGCAGAGGUACAAGUUGUGUGUACAGGCACGAGCUUAGACACAAACGAAGCAUCUUGUAGCUUUAUGGGAAAUCCGAGUUCCAAGUUGCCUCCAAGACCCCCUGGGAGAUCAACUUCUACAGUUGAAAGAAGCUGUGUUGGAGGAAGUUCCACUGUGGCAAGUAGCCCAAAAUUCAUUGACAUUGAUUCAGAUGAAAAGUAUCCUCUGCUCUGUAGCCUAUAUGCACCUGAAAUACACUACAACAUGCGUGUUGCUGAGCUUAAACGGCGACCAUCUCCUGAUUUUAUGGAGAGAACACAAAGAGAUGUGACUCGUGCAAUGAGGGGAAUCCUUGUUGAUUGGCUUGUAGAGGUCUCAGAGGAAUACACACUUGUACCUGACACUCUCUACCUCACAGUAUCUCUCAUAGAUUGGUUUCUACAUGGGAACUACAUUGAAAGACAAAGACUUCAAUUGCUCGGCGUCACUUGUAUGCUCAUAGCUUCGAAGUAUGAGGAAAUCUAUGCACCACGCAUUGAAGAGUUUUGCUUCAUCACGGACAACACUUACACAAGAGAUCAGGUCCUGGAAAUGGAGAGCCAAGUAGUCAAGCAUUUUAGUUUUCAGAUUUACACUCCCACUUCAAAAACAUUCCUCAGGAGGUUUCUCCGAGCAGCUCAAGCUUCUCACGUGAUGCCAAGUGUGGAAAUGGAGUUUCUGGCGAAUUAUCUAACGGAAUUGACGUUAAUAGAGUAUGAGUGCUUAAAGUUUCUUCCUUCGGUUAUAGCUGCCUCAGCUGUUUUUCUUGCCAAGUGGACUAUGAACCAAUCAAGUCACCCUUGGGUCUGUUCUUGUUUUCCAAUCCAACACUUGAGCAUUACACGACGUACAAAGCCUCCGAUCUUAAAGAAUCUGUUCAGGCCUUGCAAGAACUGCAGCUUAACACCAAAGGAUGUCCCUUAAACUCUAUACGUAUGAAGUACAAACAAGACAAGUUCAAAUCCGUGUCGGCGUUCACUUCUCCGGAGCUACCUGAUAGGCUAUUUUGAAAGGAAAAAAGAGACUAAACCGAACAGUUUAUCAUCUCCUAACCGAAAUGACACACGGAUUAUGUUCCGGUUUGUCGUCCUUCAAUUCAUUUUCACCUGUUACUCACUCUGUUAGAUAAAACAGUAGUGAUUUCCACGGUCUUAUUCCCGGAUCCUGGUAUAUUCCGGUUUAGUGUAGACAUGUUUGGUUCUUUCAAACCUCAGUUGUUAUGGUCGGUAAGACGAGAGUAUCGAGGUUAAUAAAAUAUACUACUAAAAAGACAGUAAUGAAAGAGAGAGAGAGACGAGUGGUGGAUUAACUACGCGUUUCCGACGUGAGGAAAUAAAAU